AUGCCUUCAGCACUAGCCAUCUUCACCUGUCGGCCAAACUCUCACCCCUUUCAGGAGCGCCAUGUCUACCUGGACGAGCCUGUCAAAAUCGGUCGGUCGGUGGCACGCUGCAGACCAGCCCAGAAUAACGCCACUUUCGACUGCAAAGUGCUUUCCCGAAACCAUGCUCUUAUCUGGUUCGACCGCAAAACGGGCAAGUUCUAUUUACAGGACACUAAAAGUAGUAAUGGUACGUUUAUUAAUAGUCAAAGAUUAAGUCGAGGAUCGGAGGAAAGCCCACCAUGUGAACUCCUGUCGGGGGACAUCAUUCAGUUUGGUGUAGAUGUGACUGAAAAUACGAGGAAAGUUACACAUGGGUGCAUAGUAUCUACUGUCAAGUUGUUUAUGCCAGAUGGUAUGGAAGGCCGGCGACGAUCUGAUGUUAUCCAAGCUCCUCUCCCACUUCCUAUUGAAAAGGUAGCUGCUAAUUCUCCCAGUAUGUAUUCUCAGGAACUAUUCCAGCUCUCACAGUAUUUACAGGAGGCCUUGCACCGAGAACAGAUGUUGGAACAGAAAUUAGCCACCCUUCAACGGCUUCUUGCUAAUACUCAAGAGGCAUCAGACAGUAGCUGGCAGGCUUUAAUAGAUGAAGACAGGUUACUAUCAAGGCUAGAAGUAAUGGGCAACCAGCUGCAAGCUUAUUCAAAAAACCAAACUGAAGAUGGCAUAAGGAAAGAGUUGGUGACGUUACAAGAAGAUAAACAUAGCUAUGAGACAACAGCCAAAGAGUCCUUGAGGCGGGUCCUUCAGGAGAAAAUAGAAGUAGUCAGAAAGCUGUCAGAGGUGGAGCGAAGUCUGAGUAACACGGAAGAUGAAUGCACCCAUUUGAAGGAAAUGAACGAUAGAACACAGGAAGAACUAAGAGAACUAGCCAAUAAAUACAAUGGAGCUGUAAAUGAAAUAAAAGAAUUUACAGACAAAUUAAAGCAAGCAGAAGGGAGACAAGAGGAGAUUCAACAAAAGGGCCUGUCUGAGAAAAAAGAGUUGCAGCACAAAAUAGAUGAAAUGGAAGAGAAAGAACAGGCACUCCAGGCUCGGAUUGAAGCUCUGCAGGCUGAUAAUGACUUCACCAAUGAAAGGCUUACAGCUCUACAAAUACGAUUAGAACAAUUUCAGGAGAAAAAUAUGAAGGAACACAACAGUAUAGGAAUCCAAGUUGAUGACUUAUUAUCUAAAAUUAAUGGAAGCACAGAUAAAGAGCACUUCCUACUAAAGAGUGGAGGGGACUGCUCUGAGCUAUUCCAACAAUUCAUUGAGUGCAAGAAAAAUCAGCUGGAAGCGAAGGAAUCUGAUAUGUCUGACACACUCAGCCCAAGUAAGGACCGGAGCAGCGACGACACUACAGAUUGCCAAAUGGAUGAACAGGAACUGAACGAAUCUCUAACUAAGGUUUCAUUAUUGAAAGAUGAACUGCGACGUGCCCAUGCAGAAACUGGAGAUUCUGAGCAAGAGAUACAGCAACUGCAACAGGAGCUGAAGGGAGCACAGGAUUUUGCCAGAGCCAGCAAACAAAAGUGUCUUGAAGUACAAGCGCUUCUUGAAGAGGAAAGAAAGGCAAGUAAACAACAGGCAGAAGUGUCAGCUAGGCAAAUCCAAGCAUUGCAAGCUCAGCUCGGUGAUUUACAGAAGGAUAUUGAGAUACUUCGAGAGGAGAAAGAUUUGGAAAUUAUCAAGGCUCGUGAUCAGUUGGCAAGUACCCAUGAAGAGAUUGUGGCUUUGCGACAGACAGCAGUAGAAGCAGCAACAGGGCGUGAAACUGACAUUGCCAUUCUCCAAGGGGAGUUACUGAAGGUGCACACUGAGCUUGAGCAAUGGCGGCAGACUGCCUCAGAGUAUGAAUCAGAAAUCUUAAAUCUUCAAACCAAGAUCCAGCUGCAGACCCAACAGCAAAUGGAUAAACAAAAAGGGGAAGCAAUCCAAUUACAAGGUAAACUGGAUGAACUGCAGAAGCAGAGCAGUAUUCUGCAGAAUGAUUGUGAUUCGCUUAGACACGAAAAGGUUACUCUUAUGGAAAAAUUGCAGCAAUAUGAGGAAGAACUCCAAUGUGCCCAGCAGCAGAGCAUCAAGUUGACCAAUGAUGUAAGUGGAUUAAAAACUUCUCGGAAAGAGCUGGAACUUCAGAUGGGAGCUUUGAAGGAGCAACGUGUACAGGAGACAAAUGGACUGAGAUUACAGCUUGCACAGGCUGAAAAAGAGACACAGAAAUUUCAGCAGCAGUAUGAAACAAAUCAGACCAUGUAUAUGGAACUGAAAGAAAAGCUGGAAAGAGCUCAGAAGGAAAAUGAGUCCAUCACAGAAGAACUUGAAGGUUGUAAGGAAAAUCUAAAAUUGUUGCAACAGAAGGGAAACAAUCCUUCCACCAUAUUGCAACCUAUCCCUGCUCUAGGCGUCGCCCUAAUCCUGGCUUUCCUGUACUGGUGGUCCGGUUACCUAUGGUAGAUCAAGGGAGGAUUGUUCAAGUGGAUGCCAGUGAUGGCGGUGUUGGUUGCUGUGACAGUGGUAGUGUUAUACCCAGCGUUGAAUAGGGCCUCGCCCUGAAUCUGCAAAAUAUGUCUACUACAGAAUGUCCCCCUAAUGGCAUUGGCUUUUUUUCACCACAGGGGCAAGCAGAUCUGUUUCCAUCCUUUUUACCUCUAACAAAACACAGCUGUUUCAAAGUACAAAAGUAGGGUCUUUGCUUGAACUGUACAAAAUGUAAUUGUAUAUAGAGAGAAUAAAAAUCAUGACUGGA